AUGGACUUGACCAUCUUCACUUUGAUUCGGGCCACUGAUGUCUUAGCAUGCGCGGCUUGGAGCAUUUGGUCUCGGAAGCGCAAAGCUGACAAUCUCUGGACAAAAGUCGAGUCGUCAAUUCCGGGGUUGGCUGAUGCUGGAGUUUUUGCCACGAGUGCUGCAGUGGUUAUGUGGGCCUGGUUCUAUCUCCCCGAGAAACUUCCGAGAACGUAUGAGAGAUGGAUUGGGGAGAUGGCCAAGGUAGAUGUGCGCUUGAUCGAAGCGCUCCGUCGUGCGCGCCGAGGAAUCUUUGUCUAUGGAAAGGACACCGGGCAGGCUCCCCUCUUAAGGUCCAUGUGUAGAGACUUUGGCUGGCCCGAACAAUGGGGCGAUCCAAAGAAAACCACACCAAUCCCCUGCGAGAUGGUACAUAUGGGCUGUGGUCCCAAUUGUGAACUUCACGCUUUGUCCCGGUUCGCGAGAACCUUCAAGGUUGCUUGUGCAACCUACAUCCCCCUACAACUUAUUUUUCGGCUACGCCGGAUAAGAGACCCAGUGGUGCUGCGCCGUGCAGUCUCUGAGGGCGCUCGAUCUUCGGCAUUCCUUGCAGUUUUUGUCAGUCUUUUUUACUACGCUGUGUGUCUGGCCCGGACGAGACUUGGACCCAGACUAUUCGACAGGAAGUCAGUGACGCCGCAGAUGUGGGACUCGGGCCUUUGCGUGGGCGCAGGAUGCCUGCUGUGUGGAUGGAGUGUGUUGGUUGAACAACCACGAAAGAGACAAGAGCUGGCUCUGUUCGUGGCACCAAGGGCUGCUGCUACGGUACUGCCACGGUUGUAUGACAAAAAGCAUGCUUCCGCGGCUCCCUUCAACACGCCGCAAUCGCAGCAUCGCAAUGCCUCGACCAUGUACUACACGAUUAGUGUUAUCCUUGGCACUGUUGCACUUGCCUACGGUUCAGUGCCUCUGUACAAAAUGAUCUGUACACAAACUGGAUGGGGUGGCCAGCCAAUUCUGACACAUCGUACUGGCGACGGUGAUACGGCUUCGCGCGUGACACCAGUAACCGACUCCCGACGCCUCCGCAUUACGUUCAAUGGAUCCGUUUCAGACGUACUUCCAUGGAAGUUCACGCCGCAACAGCGCGAAGUUCGAGUUUUGCCUGGAGAGACAGCUUUGGCCUUUUAUACCGCGACCAACAAGAGCCCCCACGAUAUUAUCGGAAUUGCAACAUACAGCGUGACACCAGGGCAGGUGGCUCCAUAUUUCAGCAAGAUCCAAUGCUUCUGUUUCGAAGAGCAGAAGUUGAAUGCUGGUGAAUCGGUAGAUAUGCCAGUGUUCUUUUAUAUCGACCCAGAUUUCGCAACGGAUCCGACCAUGAAAGGUAUCGACACAAUAACGUUGUCAUAUACUUUCUUCAAAGCAAAGUAUGAUGACAAUGGGGUUCUGAAGCCUAUCGCUUCUUGA